AUGGAGGCCCACCACCAGGAGGAGGAGGAUGGGGCCCUGCAGGAGAGUGCUGCCCUGGCCAUCCCCCCGCUGAGGGCCACGGAGAAGUUCCACCUCUUUGUGAGUUACAGCAGCCUGGACGCCACCUGGACACACGAGCUCAUCCGCCGGCUGGAGGCUGAGCACGCCGGCCUCCGCGUCUGCUUCCACGAGCGGGACUUCCUGCCGGGGAGGAACAUCAUCGAGAACAUGGCAGACUGUAUCCAGCAGAGCCAGAAGAUGCUGCUGGUACUCAGCCAGGACUUCGUGCAGAGCCGUUGGUGCCUGCUCGAGGCCAACCUCUCGCUCUUCCGCCACUGCAUGGAGAGGAAGCCGGUCAUCCCCAUCCUGCUGCGGCCCUGCCGCAUCCCGCUGCAGCUCAACCACCUGACCUACCUGGAGGCAGCCGACAGCCGCUUCUACGCCAAGGUGGUGCGGGCCCUCUGCACACCCAACCAUCUAGUGCAGCGCUGCACCCUGGCCCCGGCCCAGCUAGCCUCCCUCUACAGCGGGAAGAUGCUGCUGACCCUCAACUGCAUCAACAAGGACAACCUGCCCUCCUGGACAGUGGGCACCUUCAGCACCCUGAGUGUCCCUGACCCACUGCGGGUGGUCUUGGAUGACCCUGAGGUGUACAGGAGGGCCAUAGGCAUGGUGAAUGGGGUCUCGUCUCCCAGGUCCUGCCUCCGGUACAUGGGCUGCCGCGUGACACUGGGCAUCUUCCUGAUUCUGGUCUCCAUUGCAUCCAUUUUCCUCCCUUUAAUCUUGGGCCUCAUGGAGCACUUCCAUCCCCGGCGCCUGUUCCUGGUAGUGGCCGCCAAUGUGUUCUUCUGCCCUCUCUUCCUGGCUUCGGCAGUUGUCGUUCUGUGCUGGUUCAGGAGGUUUAUGAGGCAGAAAAUGCGGGAGCUGGCCCUGUGCAUCGGGGAGGCCAACACCCUGCUGGUGAAGCACUCGGUGCUGAUGGGCUGUGACACCCUCAACAAGCUCUACUUUGUGUAUGUGUUGCUGGAGGACUGCCGGCAGGCCUUCCUGGAGGCCUUCCCCGGGCACCCUGCUGCCGAGGCCGUGUUCCACGAGGCCCUGUGCCAGUUCUCCUGCGACUUCACCUGCUGCCUUGCCAACGCACACUUCCCCCCCUGGGAGGGUGAGGCCGUGAGGGGCCACAUGGACCAUGGCCUGUGCUUCUGCCAGUAUGUCACCCUGCAGCUGAGGAGACAGCGGUGGGCUGGGGCUGACCCGGUGUGA